GCCAUUCCUUUCUGCUUCUUUUGGCUUUCCUUUCUUCGGACAAAGGAAGGUAUGCUUUAAAAUCUGUGCAAGUAUCUGUCUGUUUUGAUGUCAUCAAGAUGCGUUCUAUAACUCAUGGAGUUGUGGCCGGCUCGCGUUACCCACCUUGUAACCGACCCAAUCGUUGCGAUGGCUUUGCUCGUCAGGCUCUGCCGCUGCCUCCCUCCUCUCGGCCUCCCCCUCCCCCGCCGCCUCUCCGCUGCCCCGACCGCGGACCCUGCCGAACCCAUCACUGCCGUCGCUGCCCUCUCACUUCUCCGCUCCGAGAAGGACCCGGCCCGCGUUCUCUCCAUCUGCCGCGCCGCUGCACUCUCGCCCAACUCCUACCCCGAUCGAACUGCCCUCUCCCUCGCCGUCUCCUCCCUCUCGGCCGCUGGCUCCCCCACCUCCGUCCGAUCCCUCCUCGACGGCCUCCUCUCCUCCACCUCCGCCGCCGUUGCCCGUCCCCACGUCAUUGUCCUCUUCGGCCAGGCCGGCAUGCUCCCGGACGCCCUCCGCACAUUCGAAGCAUCCCAAACCCCGUCUGUUCGAUCUCUCAACGCUCUCCUCUUCGCCUGCAUCCUGUCCAAGAAACACGCCGAGGUCCCGAGAAUCUUCUACGAUUUUACCAUUUCCUACGGUAUAAACCCUAAUCUCGACACCUACAACACCGUAAUUAAAGCAUUUUGCGAAUCGGGAUCGUCAAGAUGCUUCUUUUCCGUCUUGGAGGAGAUGGUUCGGAUGAGAAUAAAGCCAAAUUUGACGACUUUCAGCGUUGCGCUUGCUGGGUUUUACCGCGAGCAGUUAUUUGAUGAUAUUAGGAAGGUUCUGUGGUUGAUGAAGAAGCAUAAAUGUCAUGCCGGUCUCUCAAUCUAUAAUGUUAGGAUUCUGAGCUUAUGCAAGCUGAAGAAAAGCAAUGAGGCCAAGGAGUUACUGAAGGAAAUGCGAAUGAGGGGCAUGAAGCCAAAUUGGGUCACCUAUGAUCAUCUCAUCUUGGGGUUCUGCAUUGAGGGGUGCUUGGAUGAGGCGAAGGUGCUUUUCAGGGAGAUGGAUAAGAGAGGAUUGGUCCCUGAGAGCAGGUGUUACUUCAGUUUGAUUUACUUUCUGUGCAAAGGUGGGGCUUUUGAGAUGGCUUUGGAAGUGUGUAGGAAGAGUAUGGAGAGGAAUUGGGUGCCAUGUUUUUCCCUUAUGAGGGAGCUUGUGAAUGGGCUUGUUAGUACUUCGAAGUUUGAGGAGGCUAGGGAUAUUAUUGCAAAGGUGAAGGAGAAGUUCCCCACAAAUGCUGAGAUGUGGAGGGAGGUGGAAGGAACUUUGCCGUAGUUGCACACUGAGGACUUGGGGAGUCUGUGAGGAUUCUCGAUCUGACAGAAAUGAGGUCAUUAGCUACCGCAAGAAUUAAACUUUACCUUGCCGCUGAAAAAUGAUAUUGUCCAAUGUGGAAAAGCAUACAUUGAAUACAUGAAGGAGGCUUCCUCUCCCUUGAUGGAUGUCUUAUGCUUGAUUGGAAUUUAAAAUCGAGAUAUGAGGUUUGUCAAGUCUGGAUUCAGUUCAAUUAUCAUCAUUGGCUUGCAAUUCUUUUUGAUUUGUCACUGGACAGGGAACACUGGCUGUGGCUUACAAUAAAUAUUAAUGUGUCCUGUUAGUUUCUUCAAUUAGGAAUGCUCCUAUAUUUAGAUGGCCGUUCUCUUAGUAUUUAAUUGUCAGUUGAAAUUUAGUCUUGUCAACUUACAGAUGAAACCAGAGUUUUAGGUGGUUUUCCUAUGGUGGUUUUGUUUUCUGGGAGUAAAUGAAAUCGAGCUCCUUGGUAAUCUUCACAGAUCUAUUAUUUAGGGUGAAAUUUGGAUGUUCUUACCAAGGGGAUGAUGGACAAGUGGAUUUUGAUCAUCUUGGAUGAUGUGUGGGAGGGUUUCAAUAAUUCAUUGGAGUACCUUGCCACCCUGUUUUAUUCUAGGAAUGAGGAAGCAGAAUUCUAGCGACAGCCAGGCUUGAAAGCAUGGCAAAAAGUAUAGGUGACAAUAAAUCUGAGAACUGGGAAUUAUUUAAAGAAGCAUUUGGUGACCAAAACUUCAAAAGUUGGAACAUAUAUGACAGCUGCAUGCACAUCUGAAUCUAUCCUAUUUUUUAUAUGCUUUGUUUCCAAAGAAUUACUGCUUUGAGAAAGAUCUAGUACCGUAGCUUUGGAUGGCCCUGUGGUUUGCUCACUCUGAUGGAGUAGACAGUGGGAACUUAGUAGAUGAUCUUUCAAGUAAGUCAUUUAUUAAGAGAGGAAGAAUAACAAGUUUGUGAUCCACAGUGUUUCAUUAGCUUGCAGAAUGUUGAAGAGGUUUUGGAAGAUCUUAAACGCUUGCAGAUGUUGAUACUCUCUGAGCUUCCGGUGGAUUUAUCUACAGUUCGCUAGCAAUGAAAUCGAAUAGCUCCUCAAGUUAUUUUGCUUGCUUUAAUAUCUAGAAUGGCUGAAUCUGUGGCACUCUAAGCAUUUGCAGUUGCAGAAAAACUUGAACAAGUCGUUCAUAAAUGCUGAUGUAAAGCAAUUUCUGUCAUAGCUGGGAUCAGCAAUUGAAACUCUUCAUAAUUAAGAGUAUUGUCUCCAGCAUCAGAAACGUUUCGAUGUAGGAUGGUUAAGGGCCAUGAACGAGCUUCAGAAGUGACUUUGCAUCAAAGGUCUCCAUCAUGCUGUGACUCGAGGAAAGUUCAGCCUGUGAACAUAAAUAGAUUCUUGAAGGUCUCCAGUCACAUUCUAAUCUUAGAGAGAUGAUGAUUACAGGAUACAUGGGCUCAAAUCUCCAAGCUGGCUAAAGGAAAAAAUUUUGUCUAAUAUUGAGCAUUCAGCAGCGUCCUGCUAUUUGCCAAUCUUUAGCAGCCUUGCUUUGUGCCUCAGAUGUUGUUGGCCUAUACAUCCAGUGCCCUAUUCAUCACAGCAGCCUAGCACAUGAAGGAACACAGAGAGAAAACCUGAUUUCCAGAAAGAAAGAAAAUUUCAACUUUACAACUAUUUAGCCUUUGAGGCUAAUCUCUGGAUACAUGAGUUAUCACAAUUUUCUCAAAGGAUUCCACGACAACAAAAUAUUACUAACUGGAUUAGUCAAAAAAUGAAGCGUUGGAAGCUGAUGUAAAUGAGCCUUCAGGCGCGUGAGGACCGAGCUAUGCGCAUUGGUGAUAAGCCUCAUUUGGUGGUGAAGUCCGUAGCAUCUCCUUCUUAGCUUGUCGACUGUCAAGAGGAUAACAGUCCUACUCCAAUUCCUUAGCCGGCUGGUCAAAGAAGCUCACCGAGAGUGAUUGAAGAUAAAAGAAUACUGCUCACAGGUCAUGCCCCCUAGUGUCAUAGGGAAGGUAUGGCACGGCACAUUAGUAUAUUUGACGUGUGAUAAAGAUUAAUCUGAGCACAAAAUGUAUUGUCAUAAAGGGUCAUCUGAGCACCAAAAAUUGCUAUAUGUUUCAUGAGACCUAUGCCUCCAUGGAAUGCCUCCAAAGGUCGAUAUAUGAAAACUUCGGCGGAUCGAUGCCUACUUGAUCUUUUGGGCAUAGAGGGAUUUAAUUGAAGUGGAAUCAAAUGAAUCUAUUCGUUGGAUUUGUGCUCAAAGUAUAGUAGGGGGAUCCAAGGUCAAUGGCUGAAACUUUGAGGGAAUCGAUGACUCUUUCACUGGGCAAAGGGGGAUUUGGCUGAAGUAGAUGAAUCUACUUCUUUUAUUUGAUGAAACUCCAAACACAUAUCCUUUAGACAUCAGUUGGAUUUGUGCCCAAAGAGUUUAAUAUAUGAAAUCUAUCAAUUGAGGAUGGUGAGAUUCGUUGGCGUUGACCAUGGGAUAUCGUAGAUGUUCGGGUGUUCGAGAGCGAUAAAGGUCACGGCCAAUGACCUCUGCAAGAACCAUCAUAUAGGUAAGCAUUUUUACCGAGGGGAAAGAUUAGGAUCCUUUUUUUUACAUCAAAAUAUUGGGAGAUGAUAUAGGUGAUAGUUAAUUGAUCCAACUUGGUUCGGAUCCACAUGCACAAGAAGAAACCUUCGAGAGCAACCAAGGCGGUAUCGAGUAAACAAUAGUUGAUCUUAAUUAUUAUGAUCUGAUGGAUGUUUUAUGAUACCAGCAAAAUAUACUGAUAUGCAGGUGGCACCGAACCCUUGACCUCCUCA